ACCACAUAGUUGGUGAAGGAUAAUCACUUACUGUUUGUUGUGUGUGUUUGUAGCACAAGUCUUGGAAGAAGAUUAAGAACAUGGUCCACUGGUCACCAUUUGUCAUGUCCUUCAAGAAGAAAUAUCCCUGGAUACAACUGGCUGGGCAUGCAGGGAGCUUCAAGGCGGGAGCCAACGGACGUAUAUUAAAAAAACACUGUGAAUGUGAGCAGCGCUGUUUGUCCCUCCUGAUGAAGGACGUGCUGUGCCCAUACGUCCCCGGUUACCACGGAGAUGUAGAGAAAGACGGUCAGAAAUACAAUCAGAUGGAGGACCUGCUGGCUGAGUUUGACUUCCCUUGCGUGAUGGACUGCAAGAUGGGAGUGAGGACCUACCUCGAGGAAGAGCUGACCAAGGCUCGUAAGAAACCCUCCCCGAGACCCGACAUGUAUCAGAAAAUGGUCGAGGUUGAGCCCGAGGCGCCUACGCCGGAGGAGAACCUCCAGAAAGUGGUGACUAAACCCAGAUACAUGCAGUGGAGAGAGACCAUUAGCUCAACAGCCACCCUGGGAUUUAGGAUAGAGGGAGUCAAGAAGGAGGACGGGACAGUGAACAGAGAUUUUAAGAAGACAAAGACGAGAGACCAAGUUACUGCAGCCUUCCAUGACUUUAUCAAAGGAAAUAAGAACGUAUUGACUGGUUAUAUAAGCAGGCUGGAGGAAAUCAGAGACACUCUGGAGAUCUCCCCAUUCUUCAAAACCCACGAGGUGAUUGGCAGCUCGUUGUUAUUUGUUCACGACAGUAAGGGGCGGGCCAAAGUCUGGAUGAUCGACUUUGGGAAAACCACGGCUCUUCCUGAGGGGGACGAACUAACCCACCGAGCAUCAUGGGUCGAGGGCAACAGAGAGGAUGGAUACCUUUCUGGACUUGAUAGUUUGGUGAACAUCAUUGCAUCCAUGUGGAACUCUGAGACUGAAGUCUGAGGGUUUAAAAAAAGAAAGAAAAUCCAAGUGAACAUUUGGACACAGCAACCACUUCCAUUCAUUCUUCCUUUCUCUCGGGAACACUUCGGACUUCCUCAAGGAUUCCAUCACAGACAUUCGUCCUUAUGUCGGAAACCUCAUCAUCCCAAAACAAUGUGUGGCCAAAUCCAUUCAUGGAUGCAACUUUUCUAUUCAUAUCCAGUUGAUUUCUUCUGAUUUGAUCCUUAUACCCUCAAGUGCAGGCCGUAAUACGCUCUUUUAACAACAAACAUUUUACCUUUAAACAUUAAACCAGUUUGUUUUUUGCUACGACGUAGAAAUGUCUGCUGUGAAACAUACAUUAUACUUCCAAGACAACCUUUAAACUAAAUUCUCUUUAAAACCAAAAAUAUGUAGAUUUCCUAAUCCAAAUUGAAGGUUAAGGCUGGUGAUAUUUUAUAUUUUUGUUAUUGUAAACAAACAAACAAACAAACAUAAAAGACCAAAAACAAUCAUGUGUAAGUUUGUCCUUCAAACUAACUUAAGACUUAAGUAUUUGUUUUAAUAUAAUAUGUAAAAUGGAUCACGACUAUAUUGUUUAUUAAAAGAAAAACACAAGAUGAUUAUUUUAGAACAGCUGGGCACUGUAGUUUUUAGCAAACGUUACUCAAACAGGAGUAAUAGUGUUCUAGUGAAUGUUUGUGAUUAACUGAAACAAGAUUGAAUUAGUAGCUGCAACCACGUUUGCGACACAUUCAUCCAUUCACACACACACACACACACACACACACACACACACACACACACGCACACGCUCACAAACACUUGACCUCCAUGCCAAGUUUUGUUGCUCGACUGACAGAGUGAGCUAAAGAGCUGCUGGUGGCAGCUAAACCAACAGUGCCCAUGAUCCUUGUAAUAAAGUGCACCCAGUGCAACAGCGGCCCACUGAUGGGUGUUUCUAAUGUGUGUUUUUGGACAAAGAUGGAGCACUAUGGGACAGAGGAAUAAGCUUUUAUCAGUAUUUGGAUACACAGACAAUAGUUGUAGGAUCAAUUCAUUGUUGGUUUUGGUCUUUUUGUGGGAUUUGUUGAUAAUAAAAAUUAAAUAAAGAACAAAAUAUCACCAGAAUUAUCAUUUAAAGCCACUAUGUAUGGAGUUUUAACAUCUCUGACUUUGGCGCUCCCAAGUGGUAGCAUUUAUGUUAUUGUCUCAUUUUUCUACAUUAUGCUAUCCUAAUUUGAAAGAUGCUGCAAUCACAUACAAAUUGUACAUGUAGUGGCUUUAAAAAUGCAAGUUAAAAACUCCCAUAUCUGACAUUAAAUGUCUUGGUUUGGGUACACCCCAGAAAUCAUGACUUUUAAACAGUUAUACUAAUUUUUAUCAGAUUCCAGCGUAACAGAUGUAUCUGCAUUCAGUCGGACUUAGUAUUUUUUAGUAUUUUAAACUUAAUUUUAUUGGAUUUUUUGUCUGUUUGACCACAACUUUUAAAAAACAAUCUGCACUUGAUUACAUUUCCACUGUUAGAGAUUGUACAGUUGAGUGUUUAGUUUUACAUUGGAUAACUAGUCAUUUAGCUGUGUUUAACCAGCCACACUUAGAAUUUACAUACCAUACGUUGGUCAGUGAGGUUUUUCAGUGGCAGCCAUGUUAGCUCCACAACAAUCUGGCAAUAACUGGCACUAAAUUAUACAUCUCACAGCAGUUUCAGUAUGUUAUGGAGGGCAUUGUUUCUUAUGUAACAUCUUUGCAGCCAACAUGGCGUCCAUAGUACUUCUCUGGCCAAACACUUCUCACCCUCGUUACACUUUUUGUUGGGAUUGUUCACUAUGUACAAAAAGAUUUAUUAUGUUUGAUGUAGUUUUUGUAACAUUGUUUUAGUGUACUCAAACCUGUGGAACACUUACAGCCAUGAGCAAACGUAUUUAAGCUAUACAGUGCCUUGACAUUACAAAGCCAAGUCAGACAACUGAAAAUAUGUUCUUAUUUGAAAUGUUAUGACUUUUCUCCUAGUCUUAACUGUCAGUUUCUGUGCGUAGUCUUAAGUGCAUGUUUAUUAUCCUCUUCGGGCUUAAUUUGUAUUUCAUUCUGUUUUUAUUUAUAACAUUAUAUUAUGUUUGAAGUUUUUUUUUGUUAAUGGGAUACUGUGAUAUUUUGAAAUGUGGGCUGUUAUGUUGUUUUGUCUUCAAGCAUGUGUUACAGUACGAGUGAAAGUCAAACUAUGGGGCAGGUCGCUGUGGACAUUAUUCAAAACAUUGGAUAUGGCUUUAGAAAAGAUUGAUGAUGUUCAGAUAAUGAUACCCAUUUAUUUUAAUGGGAAAUGCAAACAUUGACUUGGCUGGCCAGAUAAGACAUAAAAUAUGUCUCAUAAUGUAACAGGUUCUUGAUGAACAAUAAAAACUAAAUAGUAUGAAGGUUGCACUCUACCAUAUAUUUAAAAUGUCGUUGUUUUCACUUUAUGUUUGCAGUGACAGUAGACGCAGAAAGAGACUGAUUAAAACUCCAUGCAGUGCCUUCUUAAAGGGAUAGUUUGACAUUUUGGGAAAUAUGUACGCUUAUUUAUUUUUUUGCCAAGAGUUAGAUGAGAAGAUUAAUACCGCUCUCAUGCCUGUACGCUAAAAAUGAAGCUUUCUACAGCAGCUGGUUAGCUUAGCUUAGCAUAAAGAUUUUCUUGAUCAAACUUUAAAUAUAUAACGUGAUAAUUAGUGAGCUUUAGGGUGGCCUGAAGGCAGAUUUUAUACCUUUGGACUGAGGUUAACUGUUUCCCACUUUUUUUAGUCUUUAUGCUAAGCUAAGCAGCUGCUAGCUGUAGCUUUAUUUUGAAAGGACAGAUAUGAGCAUGUCACCAGCUUUCCCAAAAUGAUCAAAUAUUCCUUUCGGACCAACCAUCUUAGCUAUUGCUUCUGCUCCGCCAUGUGCGGUUGUUUGUUAGCGGAUAUUAUAUUGUUCUGGUUUUUGCCGGCUUGUGUAUUUAUUUGUAUUGUUCCUUUUAAAGAAAGUGUGUAUUUGGUAAACAAAAAUAUCCUGCUUA